UCCGGGUAGUCGGUAGGGCUCUGUAAGACGAGAUUUUUGUUUUGUUUUGUUUUUUGUUUUUAUUUUGAUAGUCAUAAUAAUAUGAUGUUUCUGAUCACGCAGAUCAAUGUUGCCGUUGUCCAGUUGCACUAUAGAUCGUAACACCAUUUGUCGAGUGCUGGUAUAGUGCGCAUAUAUGUGUGUGAGUGUUAUUUAGCUGGUUGCACAUCAAAAAAUGUUAAUAAUUUGAUUUCGACUAACUCUGUGGUGUGUGGUAUCCGAGUGAAAAUAAGUUGCCGGAUUCAUCAGCAACUAUCUUUUCCCGUAAAAUAGAGUUUCAGAUAACGAAUUAAUCACAGUAAGAAAAUCAUCAUGUCGGUGCCUAAAUUGCCAACCGAUUUCCGGAGGGAUGGCUUAGCUCUGAUUACUCGCAUGGUCAGAACAAAGGAUUUGGACGAUCUUCAGGGUGAAUCAAGUCCACCAGGACGAUUUGAUCCACACCAUCCAACGAAAUUAAAAAAAUGUCUGAACACCAUUGACUUGACCUCUCUAGGUGUCGGCUCAUGUUUGGGAACAGGCAUGUAUGUGGUCACUGGACUAGUUGCUAGGAGGUUUGCCGGCCCUGCGGUUAUCCUCUCGUUUAUUAUAGCCGCUGUAGCAUCACUAUUUUCGGGUGCGUGUUACGCUGAAUUCGGAGUCCGGGUACCAAACACUUCCGGUUCUGCGUAUAUGUACAGUUACGUCACCGUCGGUGAAUUUAUAGCGUUUUUGAUUGGCUGGAAUAUGGUGUUAGAAUAUCUCAUAGGAACAUCGGCAUGCGCGUGUGCCCUGAGUGCGAGCCUGGACUCGCUCACAAACGGUGCUAUUAGCGCAUCUGUUCAGAAUUACGUAGGGUUUCUUGGAAAACCAGAUAUCCUAGCCGCUGGCAUUACUCUGUUGAUGAUGGUGCUCCUUGCAGCUGGCGUAAAAAAAAGUUUGAUAUUUAACCAUCUGAUGAACGCCAUAAACUUGGCCGCGUGGGUAUUUCUCAUGAGCGCUGGAUUAUUCUACGUUAAUCUUGAUAAUUGGACCAAAAACGAUGGGUUUUUGCCGAACGGCUGGGGCGGGGUAUUUAAAGGUGCAGCAACUUGUUUUUACGCUUUUAUUGGAUUUGAUAUCAUCGCUACCACUGGUGAAGAAGCUCAUAACCCGAAAAAGUCUAUUCCAUUAGCCAUCAUGGCUAGUCUGGUUAUUAUACUUGUUGCGUAUGUUAGUUCUUCAAUAAUUCUCACACUUAUAGUACCGUAUACAAAAAUUGACGAAAACGCCGCCCUGUUAGACAUGUUUGUGCAGGUAGGUGCGCCUAGGUGUCAGAUGAUUGUUGCCGCGGGUGCAAUGGCUGGUCUCUUAGUAAGCAUGUUCGGUUCUAUGUUUCCAAUGCCCAGAAUUAUUUAUUCGAUGGCUCAAGACGGUUUGCUGUUCAAAUCACUAAGUCAGAUAUUUCCGUUGACCGGUACACCGGUAGUGGCUACUGUACUGUCUGGCGCUGCAUCCGCAGUAGCCGCUCUUGUUAUUAAUUUGGACACGCUCAUCGAAAUGAUGUCCAUUGGCACGUUGUUUGCCUACACGCUAGUGUCGACAUGCGUGCUGAUACUCCGGUACCAGCCGCAGACGUCCACCGUAAUACACUUCUUCCCGGAGACGAUGCGAUCGCCCAUGAACGCGCCCAAACAGAUCGUCACCAACGGACGGGUAAACUUUGUGGUGCAGGACGACCAAAAAUACGCGUACACGAAUCAGGGAUACGGUAGCCAGACGUCGUUUUACCAGACACAGUUGCCGCUACCGCAGCAAAUCAUACCGUCGCACCAGUCGCAGAGGAUCAUGGUCCGAAAAGUGACUAGAAGUUCACCGGAUUCGGAUGACACGUACUUUGGAGACGAUUCCGAGGAAGGACGCGACGAUCAAUACCUGGUUUCAGACAGAUGUGAGAGCAAAUUCUAUGGUUCCGUGCAUGGGGGAUCAACUGCUGGAUCGACGGCCGCGCCAGGAGGAUUCAGCGCGGCCAGUGCCAACAUUACUAGAUCCAUUAAGGCCGCCACGUACUUGUGCCCAGCCAUAUUCCCGUGGGUAGACACAGGACCGGCCACCGAGGAGAGCGGAAUGGUGGUGCUCAAACUGGUCGGCGUGUUUUACGUACUCAUCAUCGUGUUCGACGUGCUGCUAGUGUUCGUGUCUUCCGAAUCGUCAACAUUCGUCUACGUCCUGUUGUACGCCCUGCUGAUCGCCGUAAUCGUCGUGCUGGGAGCUAUAUCCCGCAAACCCCAGAACAAACAAAUACUCGUUUUCAAAACACCAUGGGUUCCAUUCGUACCGUCAUUCUCAAUUGCUGUCAAUUUAUACUUGAUAUUUCAGCUGAGUUCGAUGACUUUACUUCGGAUAAUCGUAUGGGUUUCAAUUGGUCUAUUUGUUUACUUCUACUAUGGUAUAAAGCAUAGCACGUUGGAACCACGGGUGGACGAGGACGAGAGAAUUGAACUGAAAAUGAAAUCGCAAACAACGACGAUGACAAAACAACAAAACAGUCGACCACAAGCCCCGGCUUCAAUGAAGACUACCGCUAACUCUAACACCACCUCCACCAGAGUCACCUCCACUGCAACUAUAGUCGACGAGAAGACCGAACCGAAGAGGCCGACUAACUUAGAACCGUUACCCGCCAACAAGGAGAGUAAUUUAUUUGUGUCACCGUCCGCGUUCCCAAAGUGGGAAGACUAGAUUGACUGACCAAAAAAUUGAAAAAAAAAAAAAUAAAUAAAAAUAAACGUUUUGUUGACUCGACAUAGAGACUUCAACAACGUUGUGUGUAAAUAGGGAUGUAAAAAAAUAAAAUAACUACUUUAAAACUUAAAAUUAUAUUAUUACGAUUACAAAAUCAAUUCUUUGGGCUACCAAAAUGACUAUAAUACACUAUAAUAUUAUGUUAUUUAUAACACGUAUAAUACGCGUGAUGUUUUUAAUAUAUUCUAUUAUCUA